UUCAGCCCGAUUGGAAAGCACGUGUACUCGUGUGUGUCUGGAGUCGUGGGGAAACAAAUCUCUAUCACACAAUUGCAGCGCAAUGCCAGUGGACUGCUGAAGCUAAAACGUCGUUUUUAUGUUCCGUCGACUUAAUAACACCAGGAAUACAUUGUAACACUUUUCCGACAUAGGAACAUUUGUGUUCUGGUUCAAGAGAAAGCGGAGCAGCAAGACUCAGAAGUUGUCGUCCGAGAAGAGAUCGAGUGAUACAGAGGGCAAAGAGAAGACUGAAUGGACAGAACCCAAAGAGCCUAAAUUCCCAGCGGCUGUUUUUUUGCACUUUCUCUAGCAUUGUCACACUCCAUCUGGCUCUGUGGUAGCAGCCAAGUCUGUUUCGUAACAACCAGUCCUGUCUGUUUUUCAGAGAUGAGCAACGUUUUCUGCUUUUAACAUACAAUUUUACAUUUGCACCGGAUAUACCAUGAUUCUUGUUUGCGGAAGAAAUCUGUGAAGAAUAUUUCCAUCAAAAUGAUUUCCCACUGUAGUUCAAGCAGUCCAACUUAGUGAACUUAUUCAACUCUGUGUAAUCUAUUAUCAGGUGAAUCUUAUCACCUUGGCAACCGCCUAUUCGUACAGUAUUAUUAUGAGUGAUGACAACUCAGACUCCGCCCCCAGCAAUGAUACAGCUAGAGGAGCAGGAGGGGUCGAGAAAAAGGCAGGGCUUGUAAACAGAUCCUGCGGCAUGAAUGAGAGCUCUCCCUCAUCGAAUCAGGUGAAUAUCAAGACCGGAGCGGUAUCUGAUCCCAAGGGACCCGCAGGUGACAACCGUGGAACAAAUUCCGAUGAUACAGAUGGACUAUCAAGUGGAAAUGACUCUGGGGAGAGGGAAAGUGAAGGUGGAAUGGAGAGAGGCAGCGGAUCCAGAGGGAGACUGUCAAACCGAAGUUAUCAGAGUUCCUCCAGUCAGAAUGGAAAAGACUCGGCCAUGUGUCUGGAGACUACGGAGAGCAACAAGAGCUCAAACUCGCACAGCCCUUCUCCACCCAGCAGCUCUCUGGCUUACAGUCUGUUGAGCGCCAGCUCCGAACAGGACCCGCCGUCCACCAGCGGCUGCAGCAGUGAUCAGUCUGCUCGUGUCCAGACGCAGAAAGAGCUGAUGAGAGCCCUGAAUGAGCUGAAGAUCCGCCUGCCACCAGAGAGAAAGAUGAAGGGGCGCUCCAGCACCCUUAAUGCCCUCAAAUAUGCCCUCAGCUGUGUCAGACAAGUCAGAGCCAAUCAGGAGUAUUAUCACCAGUGGAAUGUUGAGGAGUGUCAUGGCUGUAGUCUCGAUCUCUCCACCUUCACUGUUGAAGAACUGGACAAUAUCACUUGUGAAUACACACUCAAAAAUACAGACACAUUUUCCAUGGCGGUGUCGUUCCUGUCAGGGAAAGUUGUGUACAUCUCACCGCAGGGCUCAUCUCUUCUGCGUAGUAAGCCAGAGAAGCUGCAUGGGGUUUUGUUUUCUGAGCUGCUGGCCCCCCAAGAUGUGAGCACCUUCUACAGCAGCACUGCACCCUGCAGACUGCCGCCAUGGGCCUCCUGCAUCGGCUCUGUCUCUCCACCAGUGGACUGCACCCAAGAAAAGUCCAUGUUUUGUCGCAUCAGUGGAGACGUCUCAUCCAGUGGUGAUGUGAAAUACUACCCGUUCAGACUGACCCCCUACCUGCUCACACUACGAGACUCUGACAUGGCUUACCCACAACCCUGCUGUCUACUCAUCGCAGAGAGAGUGCACUCAGGAUAUGAGGCCCCUCGCAUUCCUCCGGAUAAGAGGAUAUUCACUACCAGUCACACCCCCAGCUGUCUCUUUCAGGAGGUGGAUGAGCGGGCAGUUCCUCUCUUAGGGUACCUGCCUCAGGACCUGGUGGGAACCCCAGUGCUGCUGUACAUCCAUCCAGAUGAUAGACCUAUUAUGGUGGCCAUCCAUAAGAAGAUUCUACAGUUUGCAGGGCAGCCGUUUGAACACUCUCCCUUGCGGAUGUGCGCACGUAACGGAGAGUAUCUGACCAUUGAUACCUCUUGGUCCUCCUUUAUUAACCCCUGGAGCAGGAAAGUGGCCUUCAUUGUUGGACGCCACAAAGUCAGAACCUCUCCACUGAAUGAGGACGUCUUUACGCCGCCGAGGGGUCUGGAGGAGCGGACCCUGUCCCCAGACAUCCCUCAGCUCAGUGAGCAGAUUCACAGGCUCCUGGUGCAGCCCGUCCACAAUGGCAGCUCUCAGGGCUACAGCAGCCUGGCCAGCAGCGGAUCCCACGAGCACCAGCCCAGUGCCGCCUCCUCAUCGGAAAGCAGCGGGCCGGGUCUGGAGGACCCCUCACAGUUCCACAAACCAAUGACCUUCCAGCAAAUCUGCAAAGAUGUUCACAUGGUGAAGACCAGCGGACAACAAGUCUUCAUUGAAUCCCGCAACCGACCUCCUCCUAAAAGACAUACCCCCGCAGGUGCUUUGCAAGCAGGUGAAGCAGCAGAGCCCGGCAGCAGUCUCUGUCCUAGUGCUGCUCCACCCUUGAAGUGCUCCGUACCCUCCCUGAUCGUGCCGAAAGAGCCACCCUCCAACUACUCUUAUCAGCAAAUCAACUGCUUGGAUAGCAUCAUAAGGUAUCUGGAGAGCUGCAACAUCCCGAAUACGGUGAAGAGAAAGUGUGGCUCUUCCUCCUGCACUGCCUCCUCCACAUCUGAUGAUGACAAACAGCAGGAUGCUCCAGGCAAUGCUAAAGGUCCAUCUGUGUCUCUGGUAGAGGAGAGUGCGUUGUUACCCCCACUGGCCAUGCACAGUAAAGCUGAAAGUGUCGCGUCUGUCACCUCCCAGUGUAGUUUCAGCAGCACCAUCGUCCAUGUGGGGGACAAAAAACCUCCCGAGUCAGAUAUCGUAAUGGAGGACGCACCUCCAACUCCAAAUGCUGCUGCUCCUGCCACUCAACCCCAAGCUCCUCCCACAGCCACACCCUCUCUGCCCCCUAGCCCUGCUCCUGAUAGGGAUGCAGGAAGAAGAGGAGGUCCAGGAGGUGCAGGGGCAGCUGGAGGAUCCAGAGGAGGAGAAAUGUUGGGUCUCACGAAAGAAGUCCUGUCGGCUCACACACAGCAAGAGGAGCAGAACUUUAUGUACCGCUUCAGAGACUUGAGCGAACUUCGAGUGUUUGACCCAGCCUCAGCUGUGCGCCAGCGAGCAACUGCACCCUUAGCAAGAGGUGUGCGCUGCUCUCGUGAUUACCCAGCAGCAGGUAGUAGUGGUCGAAGACGCGGUAGAGGAGGCAAAAGACUGAAGCACCAGGAAGCCUCAGAGCAAACGGGGUCUCGUAGCUCAGCCGGCCCACUAAGAGGUUUCCGUCCCGGAGUUCCCGCUCUGGACAGACCAUCUAAUUCCUCCAUACCCAUGGGUCCUGUAGCCAGUUCCUCUUCAUGGCCCACCUCAGGGUCACAAACUAGCGUUCACUCUGUCCCGUACCCACCCGGCGUCCUUCCUUUAUUUCCUGUCUAUCCCCCCUUCUCCCAUCCCAUCUCAGACCCCAGCAUACAGGCGGGGUUACGCUUCCCCCUUCAGAACUCACAGAUGGUGCCUCCUAUGGUGCCCCCGAUGAUGGCGUUGGUAUUACCCAACUACAUGUUUCCACAGCCCAACAUGGGCAUUCCUCAGCCUUUCUAUACCCCAAAUUCAGCUUUCCCUUUCCCCGCUGCCAACAUGACGUCCCCCGCUCCCUGUCAGAUUCCGACUCCAGUCCCACGCGCCCACUCUCGCUCCAGCACUCCUCAUUCCAUCAGCCACAGAGAGGCAGGCAUGGAGAGAGAAGGAGCAGAGUCUCCGCUCUUUCAGUCAAGAUGCUCCUCACCCUUAAAUCUGCUGCAGCUGGAGGAGUCGCCAAGCAACCGGUUAGAAGCAGCGUCAGCUUUGGCAUCAGCGCAACAAACCGCAUCUCCUUUGGUGGGACAAGGAGGUGGAGCAGGUGGACAGACCUCCUCUAAUCAGAGAGGUUCAGCGUUGGGUUCAAAAGAAAAUGAAAAUGGUGAAGCAAAUGAUUCCAAUCAAGACGCCAUGUCCACCUCCAGUGAUCUGCUGGACCUGCUCUUACAGGAGGACUCUCGCUCGGGCACCGGCUCAGCCGCCUCAGGCUCUGGGUCAUCAGGCACUGGCUCCUCUGGGUCGGGCUCAGGAUCCUCUGGAUCAGGGUCCAAUGGCUGCAGCUCUUCAGGAAGUAGAACUAGAAGCAGUCAGAGCAGCCAUACAAGCCAGUACUUUGGCAGUGUGGACUCAUCAGAGAACAGCCAUUCCCGCAAGCAGACAGCAGAGGGGGAUGGAGAGGCACAGUUCAUCAAAUGUGUCCUACAAGAUCCCAUCUGGCUCCUCAUGGCCAACACGGAUGAAAAGACAAUGAUGACCUACCAGCUGCCCAUCCGAGACAGAGAUUCUGUGUUGAAAGCGGACCGCGCCGCUCUGAGAGCCAUGCAGAAACAGCAGCCUCGCUUCACUGAAGAGCAGAAGAGCGAAUUGAGUCAAGUUCACCCUUGGAUCCGCACUGGACGCCUGCCUCGUGCUCUCAACAUUUCUGCAUGUGUGGGCUGUAGGUCCUCUCCUUCGGUCCCCUCUGCGACCCCCUUCGAUGUGGAGAUCCACGAGAUGGAGUUCUGCAGUGUUUUAGAGGUGACAGAAGAGGGCGUCGCUGCUGAGAAACACACCCAUGCAGACACGGCCAUGGAGAAGAGCGAGGCUGAGGGAGAAGAAAAAGACCAGGAGGUUGAGAAUGAUGGGACUAUUAUGACUUCAAAAAUCAAUGACCAAGAAAUGAUGAUAGAAGAACAGGAAGUAACCUCACAGAUCGAGGAGGAAAUGGGUGCCUCACUUUCACAGAUGACACACUAAAGACACAAUGAGUCAGUGGGAUACUGAUGACAUUGUUCGUGUACUCAUUAAAUUAUCCAGUUUUAUUUAUUUCUAUAAAUGAAUGCUAAUUAGCCAGGAAGGCUGACAGAUGAUGAAUGUAAAGCAGAAAUGCUUUGUUGAAAGACUGUGAUAUCACAACUUUAGGAUAUUUUGGUUAUCGCAAAGAGGUUAUGAUCUGUUAGCGGUCACGAUUUGGCGGGAAAUAAGAGGUACUUAACUUUAGACCACUCUGGAUUUGACCUCAACACGCCACCUGUUUAAUUCCAGUUCUUGCGACCCGCAGAAACCCAUUUUGUGGUGUGCUAAACAACUAUUUCAAAUGUUAUCAAAUGGGUUAAGGGCCGUUCAGACAAAGGAUGACAACUGUAAUGAUUACUGUAACUAUAAAGUUUUAAUAAUAUAAUUCUAUUAGAAUUAUCAAUGUAAUCACUUUCAGAAAAACUUGAAUGAUAAAAACAUUGACUUAAUAUAAACAAUAUGUUAUUGUCCAUUGGUGUGGACUUUAAUAUUGUAAAGUCGUUAUCAUCCUUGGUGUGAACGGGCCUUUAAAAUGUGGUGUUAAGUUGAUUUAGGUCUGUUUUUAGACAGGAGAACAGAUUCACUGCCUUUGAGGACGGUCUAACUGUUUCUCACCUCGUGCUUAUUGACAUUUCCCAAACAUUAUGGAAAUGUUAUUGCAAUUUUUUUUUACAGGUAUAUACAGAGUAGGAUUUUUUGACCAAAUUUACACACAUUUUUUAUUUUGAUCUUUCUGUAUAUUUUUUUAUACAUUAUUGGUGCAAAAUUGUCAAUUGUUAAAGCUUGGAUGAAUUGUGUGAAAUGCAUUGCGACUCAGAGAGACUCAUUGGUCUGUUACAGUUCACCUUCACCACUAGUUCAGAUUUAGAUGUCACUACAGUAACUUUCAAAGAGUAUUUGUAGCUCAAGACGUCAUCUUGUAGAGUAGCACUUAGCAAAGGGAAGCUUCAGAGGUCACGACCAGAAAAAGCUGCCACACGUUGCUGGGUCGAAACAUUGGAAUCUUUUAAUGGUACUGCAGUAUAUGUGAACUGUACCAUCAAAGAGGAAUGAGUUUUAAAGGGAUAGUUUACUCAAAAAUCUUCUUUUGUUCUCCACAGAAGAAAGUCAUAAAGGUUUAAAACAACAUGAGGUGAUUAAUAGAUGACAGAAUUUUCUUUUUUGGGUAAACUGUCCUUGCAAGGAUUGAGUGAAAAUUGCGUUGGCAAUCAGUUGGAUGCAUUUCGUUUGACCUUUUUUCUGUCAGUUUCAGUCAUGUGCUCUUUGACUUCAAGUUGUCUUGGAACAGUUUGUAAGUAUUUUGUGUAUUUCUUUAUAUAUGAAAAUAAAUAAAAAAUAAUAUGGUUCA